AUGAUAGUAAUGGAAAAACCACUCUUGAAUUCAGACAACAGUGAAGAGACUUCAACUGAUUUGCAUCGAAAUAAAGACUCUUUGGAUCGAUUCGAUGAUAGUUUAUGUGUACUGUUAUUGCCUUACUUGCCGUUCAAAGACCUCAUUCGCUUGGAAUGCGUGUCCAAACAGUUCCAGACAGUGACUAAGUCGGCGCUCACGGAUCACAAGACGCUCGUAAUCGAUGACGAUUUGAUGGGACCGAAGGGUUGCGCGAUUCAUGUGAAUCGAUUGAUGAACGAAAUCAAAAGGCUCUGUCCACACAUCGAGAGAAUUGACGUUCACGGAUACAAAAGACAGAAUAAAAUUAUUGGCCAACUCAAUAGCACUAAUUUUCCCAGAUUGACACAGGUUUACUGCGAUUUUAGCAAAUUGUGCAACAUUGGUGCCCAGUUAUGGAUAGAAUUGGGGCAAUACAUCACAGGCGUUGAAUUCUAUCGCAUUGAAGAGGCUUUCUUCAGACCAAUUGAUCCAAAGAUGGCUGCGAUGAGAGUUAUCAACAAAAGGAGAGAUUUGUUAAAGUAUUUUAAAAAUAUUUCAUUUAUGAGAGUCAGAAAUUUGGAACAAGUGUUCGAUAAAACAACCGGAAAAUUGUCGUUCAACUCAUUGAAAGGAUUUGAGAUAAUAUUCAAUGAAGUGGCACAUUUAAAGCUGUGGUCCGAAUUCGUGAAAGGCAAUAAUUCACUCAAAUAUCCGCCGCACGUGAAGUGUUUGACCCGUAUAUGGCAUCCAAACAUCUCCGAAGAGGGAGACAUAUGUUUGAGUUUAUUACGCGAGAGCUCUAUAGACGCGAUGGGUUGGGCGCCCACCCGAACCCUCAAAGACGUGGUUUGGGGUCUCAACUCACUAUUUACUGAUUUACUAAAUUUUGAUGACCCGCUCAACGACAAGGCGGCCGACCAUUACCUCAGAGACCGCGAGAGCUUUCAACUCAAAGUUAGGGAUUAUGUUCACAAAUAUGCAAAGUCUUAAUAACAUUACGAUAUUAUUUAUUAUUUAAACAAAAUAACUUUUUAGCAAAAAAACAUCUCGUUUUAAUUCUCUCUCUCAGUUGUCAUAUGUUUUUUAAAUAAAUAUUUUUCAAAUACUAAUAAAACAAUUGUCUCGAAACA